AGGGGCGGGGCUUCGUUGUGGGUGUGUGAGCAGUAUCCAAGCCAACCUGUUCCACCACUACAUGCAGGGAAAUAGAUGCAUCCCAUAGAUAUAAUGACCGGGCUGGCAGGGUUGUGGGUCCAUAGGUCACUGUCUGCUGUGUACUCACUAGUCACUGGCAGGAUCAGUCACCUGUGCUGGAGCAGAGCGGGGACUUGCUAGUUUAACUCAUAGAUGGCAUUGUGCUUUUGAUCACUGAAAACAAUCAGACACAUAAUUAGAUUGCCAGUAAAGAUGAUGUCUAAAAAGACAUUUCUGAAGAAUGAGGAUGAGGAGGAAGUAGUACGCUUACUUUGUCCUAUUGAAGAGGAAAAUGUCAAGGAACCCAGUAUUUCUCACAAUUAUACAAGCAAGACUUCUCAAAGCUAUGGCAUUCCCAAGACACUGUCACCAAAAAAACCAAGAUUUGCUUUUGACAACAGAGGCUUUGAAGGUAGCCUCAAUGACCUCACCUACUCAAAACCUGAUGUUAGUAUGGCUGUGGUGGGAAUUAUAGGUAUGACCUGCCAGUCUUGUGUACAGUCUAUCGAAGGAAGGAUCUCAAAGAUUCCUAGUGUGGUCAGUAUAAAGGUUUACCUUGAUCAAGGCAAUGCCACAGUAUGUUAUGUAUCUUCUGGAAUAACCCCUCAGAAGAUAUGUGAGGAAAUUGAAGAUAUGGGCUUUGAUGCUAAUGUACAGGAAUGCAAAGAACUUUCAACAUCUCUAAAUGGAAUUCACUCUAAAGAGGAUGUAGUAAAAAUAAGGGUAGAGGGUAUGACCUGUCAGUCUUGCGUCAAUACAAUUGAGGGGAAAAUUGGAAAAAUUCAAGGAGUAGAAAAAAUAAAGGUUUCGCUUACAAACCAAGAAGCAUCAAUUGUGUACUACCCACAGUACAUCCAACCAGAAGAUCUACAAAAACACAUAGAUGAUAUGGGGUUUGUGGCGUCUGUCAAAAGCAAACCAGAUCCAUCCAAGCUUGGAAUAAUCAACAUUGAACAGUUACAACGUAUCUCUACAGAACCGAUGCUUGUGAAUAUUGGUGGAACUAUAGGCAACACAACGGCGAGAACUAUUCAUAUAGAAGGAAUGCAUUGUAAGUCAUGUGUGCACAACAUAGAGGGCUCCAUUUCUGAACUCCCUGGUGUUCAGGAUAUUAAAGUCUCUCUUGAGAACAAAAAUGGUGUUAUAUCUUUUAUCGAGGGCAUUACUAGCCUAUUGACAAUAAAAGAAGCAAUUGAAGCGCUUCCACCAGGACAUUUUAAGGUUACUCUUCCAGUAGACGAUGAAGUGACUUCUGCAUUACGAUCAAAAUCAACCCAUCGUUCAUCCACAAGGACGGCUUCAUUUAGCAUUGGAGGAAUGACUUGUGGGUCUUGUGUGUCAACAAUUGAGAACACAAUCUCUCAAAGGAAAGGAGUACAAUCCAUAUCAGUGUCAUUACGUGAAGCAAUGGGAACAAUUCUCUAUAACCACAGAGAAACUAACUCUGAGGAAUUAAGAGCAGCUAUAGAAGACAUGGGUUUUGAAGCUACUCCUAUUUCUGAUUCCUCACUGACUACCAGAAGUAACCAUCAAAGUUCUAAAGCAGAUGAUGUACAACAAAAAUCACCGCAGACAACCAAGAAUGGAAUCCUGAAGCAAGAUUACAUUGUGGAUUUUCUCCCUAAGAAAACGUACCCAGAAAUCCCUCUAUUGGAGAAUGCUACACCCCAGACAUGCAUCUUACAAGUCACUGGCAUGACGUGUGCCUCCUGUGUCUCCAACAUUGAGAGAAAUCUGAAGAAGAAAGAUGGUAUUGUAUCAGUUCUUGUUGCACUAAUGGCUGGUAAAGCGGAGGUCAAAUACAUAACUGACCAGAUUGAACCAACUGAGAUUGCACAACUUAUUGAAAACCUGGGCUUUGGCGCUGUUGUUUUGGAAGACUGUACGGCGACACAUGGCAGCAUUGAGCUGGUUAUUACUGGGAUGACAUGUGCCUCUUGUGUCCACAAUAUUGAAUCACGACUGAUGGGAACUCCGGGUAUUCUACAAGCCUCUGUAGCUCUUGCCACCUGCAAAGCUCAAGUCAAGUUUGAUCCUGAAAUUGUUGGCCCUCGAGACAUCAUAAAAGUCAUUGAGGAGAUUGGUUUUCAAGCUUCUCUAUCUAAAAGGGAUCCUUCAGCUCACAACCUGGACCAUAAAGAAGAAAUAAGACAGUGGAGAAAGUCCUUCCUAUUCAGCCUUAUAUUUGGGAUCCCUGUAAUCUGCAUCAUGAUCUACAUGCUCGUUGUCAACAAUAAACACAGUCGGCCGUCAGCACUGGACAGAAACAUCUUCCCUGGCUUAUCUAUACUAAACCUCAUAUUCUUUAUGCUUUGCACAUUAGUCCAGUCCUUUGGAGGAUGGUACUUCUACGUCCAGGCUUACAAGUCCUUGAAACACAAAGCAACAAAUAUGGAUGUACUCAUUGUCCUGGCUACCACCAUUGCCUAUAUGUACUCUGUGGUGAUCCUCAUUGUGGCCAUUGUGGAGAAGUCUGAGCAGAGCCCAGAGACCUUCUUCGAUACACCCCCUAUGUUGUUCAUGUUCAUCGCUCUGGGAAGAUGGCUAGAACACAUAGCAAAGAGUAAAACAUCGGAAGCUCUUGCCAAGUUAAUAUCCUUGCAAGCUACAGAGGCGACAGUGGUGACGCUUGGACCCAAUUACUCAGUGGUGAGGGAAGAACAGGUGGCUGUGGAGCUGAUGCAAAGAGGAGAUAUUGUGAAAGUUGUACCUGGGGGAAAGUUCCCAGUGGAUGGAAGAGUUAUAGAAGGGACAUCUAUGGCAGAUGAGUCUCUCAUUACAGGUGAGCCUAUGCCUGUCAGAAAGAAGCCAGGGAGCAUAGUCAUUGCUGGAUCCAUUAAUGCACAUGGAUCAGUCCUUGUAGAAGCAACUCACGUGGGCUCUGACACUACCCUGGCCCAAAUUGUAAAGCUAGUAGAAGAGGCUCAGAUGUCCAAGGCACCAAUCCAGCAGCUGGCAGAUAGAAUAAGUGGUUACUUUGUUCCUUUUAUAAUCAGCAUUUCUAUUGUGACAUUGAUCGGAUGGACCACCGUUGGCUUUGUGAAUUUUGAUGUCAUACUAAAGUAUUUCCCAGAUUACAGUAAAACCAUCUCAAAGGCUGAGAUUAUCAUUCGGGUUGGCUUCCAGACGGCCAUCACUGUGCUGUCUAUUGCCUGUCCCUGUGCUUUAGGCCUGGCUACUCCCACUGCUGUGAUGGUGGGUACUGGAGUGGCUGCACAGAAUGGCAUCCUCAUCAAAGGUGGAGAGCCCCUGGAGAUGGCACAUAAGAUAAAUACAGUAAUGUUCGAUAAGACUGGAACAAUGACGCACGGCGCCCCUAAAGUAAUGAGAGUCCUACUGCUGGGUGAUGUAAGCAAGAUGCCCCUAAAAAGAAUGCUCGCUGUAGUCGGUACUGCAGAAGCCAGCAGUGAGCAUCCCUUGGGAAUGGCAGUGACAAAGUACUGCAAGGAGGAGCUGGGUACGGAAUCAUUGGGGUACUGUACUGAUUUCCAGGCGGUCCCAGGAUGUGGGAUUAGCUGUAAAGUGAAUAAUGUGGAAAGUGUCUUGGUGCAGAGUGAAGUAGACUUGAAUGAGCAGAACGUUUACAAGAGUGGCCUUACACAUUCCCAAGACAGACCCCUGAUCAUUGCUCCUGAACUACAAGGUGCCUCCGCUCCACAACCUCAUUCUGUAUUAAUUGGGAACAGAGAAUGGAUGAGACGCAAUGGGCUGCACAUUUCCAGUGAUAUAGAUGAGGCCAUGACCGGUCAUGAAAUGAAAGGACAGACUGCAGUGCUAGUAGCUAUAGAUGGUGCACUGUGUGGAAUGAUCGCUAUUGCAGAUACAGUGAAGCAGGAGGCAGCUCUUGCUGUACACACAUUGAAAUCUAUGGGAGUAGAUGUAGUACUGAUCACAGGAGACAACAGGAGGACGGCUAAAGCAAUCGCCACUCAGGUUGGGAUCAAGAAGGUAUUUGCAGAAGUUCUACCUUCUCACAAGGUGGCAAAGGUCCAGGCUUUGCAGAGUGAAGGAAAGAGAGUAGCCAUGGUGGGCGAUGGUGUGAACGACUCCCCCGCAUUAGCCAGAGCUGAUAUUGGGAUUGCUAUUGGGACCGGAACUGAUGUUGCCAUCGAAGCUGCAGAUAUUGUUCUUAUUAAAAAUGAUCUGCUGGAUGUUGUUGCCAGCAUUCAUCUCUCAAAGAGAACCGUGAGAAGAAUAAGAAUUAACUUCAUGUUUGCACUCAUCUAUAAUCUUCUAAGCAUUCCUAUUGCAGCAGGUGUUUUCCUGCCAGUGGGAUUGGUGUUACAGCCAUGGAUGGGGUCCGCAGCUAUGGCAGCCUCCUCUGUGUCUGUGGUUUUGUCCUCUCUUCAGCUGAAAUGCUACAGCAAACCAGACCUGGAUAGAUAUGAAGCUGGAGCCCAAGGGCAAAUGAAGCCACUUACCCCAUCGCAGAUAAGUGUUCAUGUUGGGAUGGAUGACAGGAGGAGGGAUAUCCCAAUGACCAGUACCUGGGAUCAGAUCAGCUAUGUCAGCCAAGUGUCAUCCAGCAGAUCUCUACAAAAUUCUUUAGCGGGCGACAGACAAGACAAGUGUUCUCUUCUGAUCAAUGAGGAUGAUGAGGACCUGUACAUGUAGCUUGGUGGUUUAAUACCAGGAGAUCCAGGACCAUUGUCUGUAUUCAUCACUUUUAACAGUUCUCUGUAAUCUCUAAUGUUUAUGAGAUAACAAACAAAGCAAAUACAUUGAAACAACUGGUGGAUAAGUGUAUGAAAUAUUACAUUCCGAUGUACAUACAUUUAUGAGUUACAUAUUAAAGAGAUUCCUUCCUCAGUG